AUGUUCGGAUUCGACGAGGCCCGUGACAACUACAAAAACACCUACGAGAACAACGACAACAAAGCCGAGUUCUCCCACGAGCUUCUCGCCGGCGGAGCAGCUUUCGCAGGCAUGAAAGCCUUUGAGGAUCACCAGCGUAAAGAAGGCAAGCCCGUCUCCCACCAAUUCGCCAAAGAGCUCCUCGCGGGUUUCGCAGGCGUGGAAGUCGACCGUCUCGCCGAGACCAAGGGAGCGGAUUACAUUGAUCGCGAAAAAGCCAAGCGUCAUGCGAAGCAGAAUGCCGAGGAGUUGUAUGAUUCGCACUAUGGUGGGAACGACCAGUAUGACCCCAACCAGCAGGGCCCGCAUCGGCACAUGGAGGAGCAGUUUGGUCGGUGGUAG